AUGAGUAAAAAAGUGAAGAAGAAAGUAGAGGCUCCACCCAAGGAUGUGCUUGAUCCUUUAUUGAUUGAAAGCAAAACACCUGCAACAGUUGUGCUAAUGCUCAGUUGUCCUGAAGUGGAAGUUUUGGCCAAAGCAUGUGAUGCCUUAUAUAAAUUUGCAUCAAAAGGUGAUGAAAACAAAGUGACACUUCUUGGUCUUGGAGCAGUGGAACAUUUGUAUAAACUCAUCACACAUGAAGAUCCAAUUGUACGCAGAAAUGCCAUCACGGUAUUUGGCAUCAUGGCUUCUAAUAGUGAUGUCAAGAAGUUACUGAGGGAACUGGAUGUCACGAGUUCCCUGAUACCACAGCUGGCACCAGAAGAAGAUGUAGUUAUCCAUGAAUUUGCUACUCUCUGUCUAGCACAUAUGGCUGUUGAAUACACUACUAAAGUAAAAAUAUUUGAGCAAGGUGGAUUAGAACCACUUAUCAGACUGCUAGAUAGCCCUGAUCCUGAUGUUCAGAAGAAUUCAGUUGAGUGUAUCUACCUUCUGGUACAGGAUUUUCAAAACCGUGCUGCAGUUCGUGCACUGAAUGUAAUUCCACCCUUGCUGGAGCUCCUGAAAUCUGAAUACCCAGUUAUUCAGUCCUUAGCCCUUAAAACCUUGGAAGUAAUUAGCAAAGACAGAGAAACCAGGAUAAUACUGGGAGAAAAGAAAGGAUUAGAUUCCAUUAUGAAGAUACUGGAAACCAAUGAAUACAGCAUUCUACAUGUGGAAGCUCUUGCUGUGUUGGGAAAUUGUCUUGAAGAUGUGCACACCCUGCAACUGAUUCAGCAGACAGGAAUGCUUAAAAAGCUGCUUGCAUUUUUAGGAGUCUCUACUGCUCCUGAUAUUCAGAAGAAUGCAGCAAAGGCAAUUACCAAAGCAGCUUAUAACUUUGAAACCCGCAAAAUCUUAAAUGAGGAAGAGGUUGAGAAGUGUCUCCUAAACCUUUUGGAAGCUGACAAUGAUGAAGUUAAAGUUGCUGCUUCCCAAGCAAUUUCUGCCAUGUGUGAGGAGGUAGCUAGCAAACGUGCACUUGGACGCCAGGGGAUUCCCCAGCUAGUACAGUUGCUAAGCAGUGAUAAUGAAGAGGUAAAAGAAGCUGCAGUGACAGCGUUAGCUAAUUUGACAGCAGCCAGUCCUAGCAAUGCAAGUGCUGUUGCCGAGGCUGAAGGAAUCGAGCCAUUAAUGAAGACUUUGAAGGCUCAGAGAGAUGGAGCUGUUGCCAAUGCUGCUGCAGUGCUCACAGACCUGGCCAUGCAAGAGCCAUUCCGUCUCAGAAUCCAGAGCCAUGGCAUCAUGAGUGCCCUGGCAGGACCACUGUGCUCAACCAACAGCCAAGUGCACAGCAAAGCAGCGUUCGCUGCGGCUGCGUUUGGGUGUGAUGCUGAUGCAAGAACUGAGUUAAGAAAUGCAGGUGGACUGGGACCACUCGUUGAAUUGCUGCAUUCUAAGAGUGAAGAAGUCAGAAGAAGUGCCUGUUGGGCUGUUAUGGUCUGUGCCAGUGAUGAACUAACUGCUGUUGAACUAUGCAGACUAGGUGCCAUCUCCAGCCUGGAUGAG